AUGGCUGCUCCGGAUGGUGUAUUUCGACCAUGGCUCCUGGAGGUUGGAUCUGAUGCUGGAUGGGGCUUGUGCUGCAGCCUUUGCAAGACAGCCCACCCAGACAGCUUGUCCCCAUACGUCCGAGGUGUGAAGGGAAGUCAAGGAAAAGAGACCAAGGCCGCGAAGUCCACGUUGCAGAUCGCUGACCUGCUCGCCCACAUGCAGUCGCACGAGCACAUUGCGGCAGUGCAAGGGAACUUGAGGCAAGCCAGCGUUGCAGAUCAGCCACCUGCCAAGCGGCUGAAGUCUGACGCCUGCUUCCCAGCCCCUGGCCAGCUGCAUCUCAGCCGCGAGGUGCUGCAGAGUGCCUUCGGCGCACAAGGUGCCGAAUACGAACGCCGACAUGCACUAGUGCAUAGAAGUGAUACCGUGAACUUCCCGAAAACUCAUGGAACAGCUACACAGCAUCCUCGGCAUGUGGCGGCGAUGGCCUCGGUGGCUUUUGAGCAAGACCUUCAGCUCUUGCGGAGGAAGCAGGUGAAGUCGAUUUGCUGGUCUGAAGAUGCUUCAGAAGGCUUCUUGCUGGUGAAAGCUCGGUACCUCUUGCAUGAUUGGUCUACGCAAUGCCGCAUAGUAUCCUUGGACCCCAUUGGCAGCAAGACCUCCCUGGCGAAGUCCAGGGCUGCCGAGACCACUAUCGGCAAAAUGUGCGGAAGCGCGGAGCUGGCCCAAGAGUUCCGCAAAUUGGUCAAGGCUGGUCGCGCUUGCUACGCGUUUGCUCAGCUGCGUUGGCAUGUCGACGCUUGGGAGAAGUAUGGAGCAGCGACGGCGAACCCGCAGAAGUAUGCGCAGGCCAACACGGCGGAUUGGGCAGAGCGUUAA